AUGGCGUCGUCAGAUUCCGGGCCCUCACAGCUGCCCGGGCUUCCCGGGUUCGACCCUCACAACAUCCAGCCGUGGACCGUGGAAGUCGUCGUCUCAGUCACCGUCCUGGCGGUCGUGGCCGUCGCUUUACGGAUCUUUAGUCGUCGGACAAAGGGACAGGAACUGUGGUGGGAUGACUACUUGAUAAUCUGGUCAAUGCUAUGGAACCUCGUUGUGGUAGGCUUCAUCUUCGCGAUGCACUCCGUCGGCAUGGGCAUCCACGCCGACAAGGUUGAGAUGGACAACAUCGUCCUGAUGGCCAAGUACCUCGUCGUGGCCGAGAUCCUCUACGCCUGGAACCUCGGGUGGACGAAGCUGAGCCUGAUGCUGAUGUACUACCGCAUCUUCCACAUCCCCUUCUUCAAGAAGAUGACGUGGUUCGUCACCACCUUCGUCUUCGCCUGGGUCAUCUGCAUCACCUUCCUCUUCAUCUUCAUCUGCGUCCCCGUCGAGAAGCUGUGGUAUCCGGACAUCCCCGGCCGGUGUAUCAACCAAGUCGCGACCUGGAUCGCCAACGCGGCGUCGACCAUCUUCACCGACCUGCUCAUCCUUCUCCUUCCUCUGCCCCAAGUCUGGAAGUUGCAGUUGCAAAAGGCCGAGAAGAUUGCAUUGACCUUUGCCUUUGGCCUCGGCUUCUUCGUCGUCUUCACCUCGGCCUACCGAACCAGCGUCCUCUUCACCUACAGCUCAACCGACCCGACCUACACCCUCGCCCCGACCGUCGGCUGGACCGCCAUCGAGAUGUCGGCCGGCAUCGUCUCCGCCUGCCUGCCGACCAUGCGCCCGGCCAUCCAGCGCAUCGCCCGCACCUGCGGCAUCAAGGGCAGCAUGGGCGGCAUGUUCCGCAGCCCGACGGCCCUCGGCUUCGGCUCGAGCCGGAGCAAGUCCAACUUCAGCAACGGCAUGUCGUCGCAGGACCCCAGCGGCGGCGGCUCCCAGAUCGCGCGGAAUCUCUCGGCCACCAAGCACGGCGCCGGCGACGACGCCUUUUACCGCCUGCCCGACGACAACGCGUCCGACGGUACGAGCCGCCGGCAGACGCCGCCGCUGCCCGAGUCGAAGCUGAGGCCGGACACGACCGGGUUCGGGUACUCCGUCUCGAGCUACCCGGUCAAGGAGAGGGACGACACGAGCGAGGACGAGAUACCCCUCCACGCCAUCCGCGUGCAGAAGGAUUUUAAGCACACCACAGCGACGGAAUGA